GGCUCUUGUCUAGCUGUGGCUGGGUCUUAUAUGGCUGGGAGAAACUUUGGGUUUCAUCUUCGGUUUGCAUUGGAGCUGUGUUGAGGACGCCGGUGACCUGUACUCUGAGACAAUAUGGCUGGUGGUAAAGCUGGUAAAGACUCUGGCAAAGCCAAGGCAGCUUCUGUUUCUCGUUCUGCUAAAGCAGGUUUACAGUUUCCAGUUGGUCGUAUCCAUCGAAUUAUGAAGAAUCGGACUACCAGUCAUGGACGUGUUGGUGGAACUGCUGCUGUGUAUACUGCAGCCAUUUUGGAAUAUCUUACUGCUGAGGUUCUUGAGUUGGCAGGAAAUGCUUCUAAAGAUCUCAAAGUGAAGCGUAUUUCACCACGUCACUUGCAGCUUGCCAUCAGAGGUGAUGAAGAAUUGGAUGCUCUCAUAAAGGCCACAAUUGCUGGUGGUGGUGUCAUUCCUCACAUUCACAAGUCUCUGAUUGGAAAGAAAGAACAACAGAAAGCUGCAUAAGUCGCUCUUCACCCAAAAUGGACACUGACCCAACAUCAAACUUUUGUUUUGCUGCUUAUCAGCGUUACAAUAUCCAGGUUUCCAGAACUGGAUUGUAACUGCCUUUGCAGUUGUGGCUUCAAAGAAGGCACUCUUCAAUGAACACUGAUGCUAGUUUUUAACUUUUUUAAACAUAGAAGAUGUGUAUUCGUUUUGUAUGAGUCCAAAAGAAAUGAUUCCAUUACUUGAAGAUAUGUUAAAUAAAUGAUUUUUUUGGCAACACCAGA